CUGACACUAGAGUGCACACCAUUCAAACUUCGAACAUUGAACGGAGGUGCGAACUGCGAAGAUCAACGCGACUCGAUUUCACCAGCUCCUGAGUCCUGAAUACGUUUGUGGUUGUUUUUUGCGGCUUUUCCUUCUCUAAACCUAGUUUGGAAAAAUAACAAUUGUUUCACUGACGCAGCAAGAGAAAGGAAGAGUGCCAUUUAAGGGUUUCCACAGAUGGUUGCAUAUUUCGUGGGCCACAUGAUAUUGUCUUCAAAGACAUGCCAUCAUCUUCUUCUGCCAUAUACCAAACUGAUGAAAAGCUUUGUUGCUUGUUUCUUUCCCAUUUUUCUCAAGUUUGGGAAACAGAAAGCCAACAUGUUUUUCUUUUCUUGUGGCCAAAUCUUUGUAUCUAAAUCAGAUGUCAUUCUGAAAAACCACACAUUAACAUGACACUUAAUACUCAACAAGUGAGCCUAAACAUGAUAUUUGCCUAGAUUGAUGCCUGCAAUCAAAUUAAGAAGAUUGCAACAUCCUUUGGGAAUAUGUGUGGAUUUGCAUUCUUUUCAUUUUGCCAAACUAAAAUAAGUCUUAUGAAGCUAAUGAUGAAUACCACAGUCACAGAAGCAGUCACUAAAACUUCUUGAGAUAGUUAUUAUGAGCACCCAAAGGUUUGCAAGGUUAUACUUGAUUUUGGUAAAAAAGCAUAGAAUCAUAAUCAAAAGGUGACUCCAUGAGUGGUAAACGCAGAAGGUCUGAAACUUCAUGGGACAUGAAAAAAGACAAAAUCCCUCCUCCAGAAUCCAAUGAUUCUUGGAGGCCAUCUUGGGAAGGAAACAGAAAAGAGCCCAGAAAUGAUGACAUCAGCAGAGACAACAAACAUAGGACUUUUGAUGAUGAAUGGGGAAAACAACAUACCACAUACAGGGAUCGAAGCAGGACUCCCAUUCAAAGUAGGAGCAGGAGUAGAGGCAGAGAGUGGGAAAGUAGGAGGAGCCCAUUUUAUGAUGAUAGACAUAGACACAAAUCUAAUGACUAUGGAGAUCAUGUAAGAAACAAUGCAAGAGGUGAUAACAUGAAAGAAAGUUGGAGGCAUAAUAGAUCAGAUCAUCUCUCUGGUGGUGGUUCCAGAUACAGCAGAUUCCCUCACCAUAAAGAUGACAGAAAUCAUGAUGAUGAUGAUGAUGAUGAUGACAGGUGUCGAUCAAAUCGAGUUACUAAAAUCCAAUGCAAAUUUUUUGCUGUAGGUAAAUGCUAUCGUGAUAAUUGUAAGUUUUCUCAUGAUGCUUCUGCUUCACACUCACAAGAUUAUGAUCAAAGGUCACAUGACAACAUUCGGGCCCACAUGAAUAGCACAUGGCAUCAUGAUCAUGAUCAUGAUCAACAUCCACAUGCAUCAGAUUUGUCUGAAAAGAAAAAGUCAUGGGGUGAUGUGGAAUCAGGAGGUUUUCAUGAAAACAAGAAAACAACAUGGGAAUGGGAUUCUCAUGACAAGAAAAAAUCAUGGGAUGAUGAUGAUGCAUCAAACCCUAAUUUAGAUAACAAAAACAGAUCAUGGAAUGGUCCUUCAUGGGAUGAUGAUAAUCAUGAAAAAACAAAGUCAAAGUCAUGGAAUGGUCCAUCGUGGGAUGAUUCAGGAUUAAACAAAAAAGUUUGUGAGAAAAAUGAUUACUUUUUGCCUAAACAACAUAAUGUGGCCAAUGAUUCUCAUAUAAACAAUGAGAAUAUAGUUUCUGAAGAACAACCCAGCAAACAAAUUCUUACAUCUGUAGAAGAACAAGUUGAAAAUGGGAAGACUCCAAAAAAGAAACAGGAAGUAAUUGGAAAUCUAGCUGAAAAUGCUCAGAAAGAACAAGAACAUAUCAACACUGAAAAAGUCGAAAAGGGUAGUAUUGGAAAUGAUGAAAAGUCUACACAACAAUGUAGGGAAAUAGAUCCAAAUCAUGUAAGAAGUAAUUCUGGAGGUGAUAAUUUGAAAAAAGAAAGUUGGAGUCACAGACAAGAUCACUCAAGAUCCAGCAGCCAUAAUAGAAAUUCAAGGAAACAUUAUGAUGAUGAUGCACGGAAUUAUGAUCGUAGGUCACAUGACAACCCUCGGGCCCACAAAAAGAUGACAUGGCAUGACGAUGACUUAAAAGCAUCGGAUUUGUCUGAAAAGCACAAGUCAUCAUGGAAUGGUCCUACGUGGGAUGAUGUGGAAUCGGGAAGUUUUAAUGAAAAAAACAAGAAAACAACAUGGGAUUCUCAUGAUUUUGAUGACAAGAAAAAGUCAACAACACGGGAUGAUAUGUCAAACCCUAAUUCGGAUAACAAAAACAAGUCAUGGGAUGAUGUGGAAUCAGGUGGUUUUAACGAAAACAAGAAAACAGCAUGGGAAUCUCAGAAUUGUGAUGACAAGAGAAAGUCAACAAAACGGGAUGAUAUGUCAAACCUUAAUUUGGAUAACAAAAACAUGUCAUGGGAUGAGGUAGAUGCAUCAAAGUCAAAUGCAAAAUCGGGGAAUAAUAUAGAUGAAAAGUCAAAGUCAUGGGUCAAAAUGGAUAAUAAUAGUAAUAAUAAGAAGAUGAGAAAUGAGAAGAAUGAUCACUUUUUGCCUCAACAACAUAAUGUGGUCAAUGAUUCUCAUAUAAACAAUGAUAAUGUAGUUUCUGAAGAAGAACCAAAUCAACAGAUUGUUACAACAGAGCAAAACCUCACGAAUGCCAUAGAUUACCUUAAGUCACUUCCCAAUUCUACUACACACAAUCAAGAGGGAAACAAUAAUGUCAUGGAGAUUGAAAACGGGAAGACUCCAAAAAAGAAGCAGGAGGAAACAGUUGGAAAAGGAAAAGGAAGUGAAAAUGAAAAGGGGAAAGAGGGUAAUAAUGGAAAUGAUGAAAAGUGUAUGCGACAAUUUAGGGCUGCCCUUGUGGAAUUUGUGAAGGAGAUUCUGAAGCCGAAAUGGAAAGAAGGUAGGAUGACAAGAGAGGUUUACAAAAGUGUCGUGAAGAAAGUCAUUGAUAAAAUCACAACUACUAUUCAACAAGUCCAAAUCCCUAAAACACAACCAAAGAUUGAGCUGUAUCUCACCCACUCUAAACCCAAAAUCACGAAGCUUGUGGAGGCAUAUGUUGAAAAACUUGUAAAGGCUUAGCUUAGCUUAGCUUAGCUAGCAAAUGCUUGAGAAAUGUUUUGGAAUUGGAUGUUGUUUUAUAGGAGUAGCUUCAGAAUUUAAAUAUGCGUAUAUAGCAAAAAGUGUUCUUGAUCGUUACAAUUUGUAUUUUGAAAACAUGUCUGUGCAACUGCUUUUGUUUUUGGUUGUUUCUAGAAAAAUCUGAAUUUUAGUUUGAGGCAAGUCGUCGGCUAUAACCCAUUUUAUAACCCAUUUCCUAGAAAAAUCUGAUUUGGUGUGGUAAAUUAGUAUUUUAAAUAUUACAUAUUAUAUAUAUAUUGUUGAUUUUAAGGGUUAAUUUGUACAGAGAAAAUGAUUAUAUUUUGUUUCCAUUCAUUUUUUUGGUUAAAUAAAAAUACUAUAGAUUAAUAAAUAAAUAGAAUUAGUGAAAAACUAGGAAAACGCCCAUGGUUUAGAAGAGUUUCUAUUUUUCUAUUUUGAUUGUCCAAAUGUAAUGGAUUUGCAUGGUAAAGUGGAUUUCGUUACUUCAGAUUCAUACAUAAGCAAAAGAUGUAAAAUGCAUUGGUUCAUAUGUAAGCAAAAUGCAUAAUAUUCAGAAAAGAAGGGUGGAUUUCUGCCUAUGCUUUUGAUAGUGCAAAUGUAAUGGAAGCAAAAGAUGUGAAAUACAUUCGUUCAUAUGUAAGCAAAAACUGUAAAAAAGAAAACAACUGGUGUGUGUGUGUUUUUUUUUUUUUUUUUUUU